UCAGGCUUCUCUCUGCUAUCAUCUCUUCUCCGGUGUGCUCUUUCAUCGAAAAUGACGAAGGGUACAUCCAGCUUCGGUAAGCGGCGUAACAAGACGCACACGUUGUGCAGAAGAUGUGGACGUAGCUCUUACCACAUCCAGAAGUCGCAGUGUGCGCAGUGCGGCUAUCCGGCUAAGAAAAUGCGCUCGUAUAACUGGUCGGUCAAGGCGAAGAGGAGGAAGACCACCGGUACUGGCCGCAUGCGUCAUUUGAAAAUUGUGCGCCGCAAAUUCAAGAAUGGAUUCAGGGAAGGCUUGCCGAAACCGAAAGCUGCUGCGGCUAAGUAAUCACCGACAUCCCGUCUCAUUGUCUAAUUAAGUUGUACAAUUUCGACUACCAAUAAAUCUAAAAACAUCCAAUCACGA